CACCAGGCUGCCCUCUUCCCUAAUGCUGGAGUAAGCCCACCCAUAUCUUGAAAAUUGCCCCAGACCCCCUCACUGCUAAGUCCACAAGAAAUCAAAUUCUUUCCUUUAUGUGACACUGGAUUUUCCACAAAGUAAAAUCAAGAUGAGUAAAGAUGUGGUUUCUAGAUAGUACCCGACAAAGCGGAGACCAGGGUGGGAGGCGUCACACUUGGCCUAUAAAAGCUACCGCAAGAGGCCAAGGCCACAAGCCACUCAGCUUAGGCCAGCCUACGUGUCUGCUCCUCGCUCCUCCUGUGUUAGCUCUAGGCUCCAUGGCGCUCUGGCUGACCGUGGUCAUUGCUCUCACCUGCCUUGGUGGCCUUGCCUCCCCGGGCCCUCACUCAAGGAGGGAGCUCAAGGAGCUCAUUGAAGAGCUGGUCAACAUCACCCAGAAUCAGGUAUCCCUCUGCAAUGGCAGCAUGGUGUGGAGCGUCAACCUGACAACCGGCAUGCAGUACUGUGCAGCCCUAGAAUCUCUCAUCAAUGUCUCUGACUGCACUGCCAUCCAAAGGACCCAGAGGAUGCUGAAAGCCCUGUGCACUCAGAAACCCUCAGCAGGGCAGAUUUCCAGUGAGCGCAGCCGAGACACCAAAAUUGAAGUGAUCCAGUUGGUAAAAAACCUGCUCAACCAUCUAAGGAGAAAUUUUCGCCAUGGAAAUUUCAAAUGAAGGAUGAAAACCUAGCAUCGCUAUUUGCAGAGGCAGACCUGACCGUUUAAGUUAUAGAUUCAUUUUUCUUUCAGAAGUUUCAAAUUUCUUGGGGAGAUGGCGGGGGGAUGGGAGGGGGGCACGAUUUCCUUAGCUUAGAGCUCAGCCUGUGCUGCCUGCCCUCGCCUAGCCGACCCCAGCUGCCCUUGCCUUAGUGCACAGGGCCCUCCUCCAUCUGGGCUCUGAGUUCUGUGAACAACCAGGGGCAGGGGUGGGGGAGGGGGGGCGGAGCACUGCCUCUCAUUACUGCCCCCUCCUUAGAGGGAACGGCAGCAUUACACCAAGGACGCCACCUUGGCAGACACGUAUGGGAGGCGGACCUGCUCUAUACGGGGACAGCUAAGGCAGACAGCGGCUCAGGCAUAUCUUCUUCUUGGCCUUAUUUAUUACUGUGUGUUAUUUAAACAAAUGUUGUUUGUCUGUGCUGGGGACAGGAAGGGACUGUCACCACCAGAACCUUGAGCUGGGGGCCCAGUGACUUGGGCUUUAGGAGUCCCUGGGAAUAAGCACUGUGUGCAAAAUUCUGCUACCUCAUUGGGGUCCUGGGGCCGACACAGGGGACAGGAGAGAGGGCUGGAGUAGCUGCUCUUGUCUGCCAGCCAGCAGUUGGCCCUCAGCCAAGAAGUAAUUUAUUGUUUUUCCCUGUAUUUAAAGUUAAGAAAUAAAAUGUUAUCAAAGAGUUAAUAAUAUAUAGAAGAGCAGCCUAGAAUGCUGCAUCUGGUGUGUGUGGACUGUGGGGAGGGGUCAUUGAAUGUCUUGUUUCACUGACUUUGUCAAAGGAAGCCAGAAAUAAAGACAGUGACAAGAGACCUGAUGAUGUUUGUCUUUUACUGUGGCCUUUGGGAAUCCUGGCCUAUGUUCUUCUGGAGGCAGGGCAGUGGGAGUGGCGGGGGAGUUAGGGACA